AGCUACUGGCCAUAUUGUCUCCGUUCAAUACGAGAGGCAGGAGCCACUAACCAAUAAAAAGAAGAAGAAUCAAUAGCUACAUAAAAAAGUUUAUAAUCCAAUCAGUGUGAAGAAACGUCUCACAGUUGCAAAGUAAACGUUCUGCUGAAACUAUUGUAUUACGUUCCUAAUUACUGUAAUUACGGAAUGUCAGUGAUAAUGACAGCCAAGCUUCAAGACGAUAUGAAUAGUAUACCUCUGGCAGAUGAUGAUCCGCAAGUAAUAAUACCAGAAGAGGAAAUCUUGGACAAUGCCUCACAUAUGUCUGAUCCAUUAGGCAGAAGACGCAGCAUGGAUUCUAUACCAUCAACAUUUACUAAUGGCAGUUGUAGUCCUAACAGUUUAGAUCCUGAUAUUAGCCCAGAUGAGCAAGAAGAGAAAGCUAGAUUGAUUGCACAGGUUCUUGAAUUACAAAAUACUUUAGAUGAUCUGUCACAGAGAGUGGACAGUGUAAAGGAAGAGAAUCUCAAGUUGAGAAGUGAGAAUCAGGUUCUAAGCCAAUACAUUGAGAAUUUAAUGUCGGCAUCAAGCGUAUUUCAAUCGACAAGUCCCAAUACCAAAAAGAAGUAAACCAUAUUAAUCAAAUAAUUAGACAAUUUAUGAAAAAUUAGCUACAGUGAUUUUGAAGUAAUUGCGAUUGUUUUGAGUAUUUUGAAAAAUUUCCG